AUGGGUUCGUUGUGCUGCGUGGCGGCACGGCCACAUGGGGCUAGCACAGCAAGCCACGAGUGGUCCUCUAUUGGCCGCAGCGACCCACCCUGGCGGACUGGUGCUGGCUUUUCUCCACCUCUGUCUAGGGGGUGGGAGUACAGGAUCAACUCGGAAGGGUUGUCUUAUGGAUCCCAUGGUGAUAGUGGGGUCGCUGUGAAUUAUGGGUCAUCACUAUCAUCGAAUAGUAAAGGGGCUAGUAGGAGCUGGGAGAGGAAUGAGCUUCCACAAGAUCACCGCUACUCUACAUCUGAGGGUGCCAUUUCGUAUCUCAACAGCCCAGAUGUCAGCUUCCAGAACCACCAUAUUAUGCUACCGAUGCUGCAAGAUUCUAGUGUUGAUGAAUACAUGAGAGUUUCAGUUGCUGAGCCUAUUGGUGCUUUAUUAUUGUCAGAGGGAAUGUCAGGACAACAGAAUAGUGGUGGUUCCACCUCCUCUCGCUCUGAUGGAAGUGAAUAUGAUAUUGUACCUAAAUCAUACACAUCAACGCCCCGCAACUUCCCGAGUCGUCGAUCAUUCCUGUCAAAGCCAAUCCACCCUGUUUCAUUUCCAGAACAUGCACUAGAAGCACAAGAAACUCAAAGUCCUGUUGCCAGCGCAAGCUCCAACAAUCCUCUGUGCUCUGAAUUCAAGGGAACAGGAGAGCUUCGCGUUCCAGGUCCCAUGGACUAUGGUAGUGGUAGUCGUGGGGAGUCAGGAAAUUGGAGUGCUGCAAGUAGCAUGGAUCUUACUGAUUUAUCAGAAAGACCUGAAGCUGGACAAGCUGGACCACUGCGUCCUAAUAAUGUAAUGCAGAAAACAAGGUGUGACCUCUGUGAGAGGCUUCUGACAAAGAGAUCACCUUGGGGUUCUCGUAGAAUUGUACGCACUGGAGAUUUGCCAGUUGCUGGUGUUCUCCCAUGCUCCCAUGUCUACCAUGCUGAGUGUUUAGAGCGGACCACUCCCAAGGGGCAGAAGCAUGACCCUCCUUGCCCUGUGUGCGACAAGCUGGCUGGUAAAGAUACCGAGCAGUGGUCAAUUUGCAGGUUAAAAAAUGGAUUCCCAAGGUUACGUUCACUAGGGGAAGGGCCUUCUCGAGUUUGGAGCUGUGCUCAUGCUGGAGAUUGUGUUGCUGGGGCUGUCCAGAUGCCAAGAUCAAAUAGCAUUGCGCUAUUGACUCGGAGUGGUCACAAGAGGCAUGCAUCUUCGAAGGGAGAGCCCAGCAAAGACUGGGCUGAAACAUCAAAAAAUACUUGCAUUUAUCAGGGUUGCCACUUGUGCAUAAAGGCCUUAGGUCUCUACAGAUUAUUUUUAUGGGCUGAAUCUGUUCCAGAUGAAAUUGUAUGUGCUGGAAAUCGCAGGAGUGCAUGUAGGCGUUGUCUGAGCGGCCGCUUCUCCCGCCACUUCUCCAGGAUCUCCAUCCAGCCGCUUCAGACAGACCGAGAGCUCGUCCAUAUAACACCGCUGCUACUUCUGUAUUACUGUGCUUCCUGCAUCCUCGUCCUGGUUGUUGAGAUCACAAAGGGCAGUAAAGUGAAAUAUGAACUAGACAAGAAGACCGGAUUGAUCAAGGUUGACAGGGUGCUAUACUCAUCAGUGGUCUACCCACACAACUAUGGUUUCAUUCCACGAACAUUGUGUGAAGAUGGAGAUCCAAUGGAUGUGCUGGUGUUGAUGCAGGAACCGGUGAUAUCUGGCUGUUUUCUUCGGGCAAGAGCCAUCGGCCUUAUGCCCAUGAUUGAUCAGGGAGAGAAAGAUGAUAAGAUAAUUGCAGUUUGUGUUGAUGAUCCUGAAUACCGUCACUUAACCGAUCUCAAGGAGCUUUCUCCACAUCGCCUUAAUGAAAUCCGUCGCUUCUUUGAGGACUACAAGAAGAACGAGAACAAGGAAGUUGCUGUGAACGAUUUCUUACCACCAACUACUUCCCUGGAGGCCAUUCAACACUCAAUGGACUUAUACGCUGAAUACAUCCUACACAGUUUGAGGCGCUAG